UGCAUUGCAUGAGGUCCGGGCAUGGUGGCAACAUGGCUGCUGAACUUAACGCUUGCUCUGGACUUCAUGAGGUGUGUGCAUGUGCAGACUGCUGACAGCAGGCCUGAGUCCAGCCUGGAGGGCUGAAGGUGAGUUUACAUGACGUGCAGUCUGGCAGAUUGAUGGCUGCCUGUGUGCUGUGUCGACGGGGGCUCCGGCUACGUCACCUCCCAGGCUUGAGAAAGGGUUUCGCUCAGGCUCAGCACAUGUGUGUCCAACGAGUGGAUGAAACCGAUGAUCAGGAGGACAAGAAAGGAGUAUCGCAACACCAGGAAGGCUCUGUCCAAGAAGAAUACAGACUGCAUUACAACCCUAGAUCAUAUUAUCAGUCUGCGUUGAGCUCUGCAACUUCCCGCUGGCAAACAGAUAAUGACGAGGACAAGUGCCUCUCCAUGCUUGCGCCUUCCUUCUGGCAACAGAGCAAUCGCUACAGUGUGAGCUGCUCGCGGCAUCUCUCCAGCUCCAAAAACACACUUCUUGACUUAGCUUUCAACAAAAGCCUCGAACCUGAGACGCCAUCACUGUCGCAGCACAACAGAAAACACAUACCGCCAGAUGUUAAAGUAGAUCCACGUGCCUUCCUCAAAUGCAGGCCAGGGUACGCCUCCAUGACCCUCGACCUCACCCAGCGGCCUCACCCAAUCCGAUGGGAAGAGGCCUUGCAGCUGCUCCAAAAAGUGACUCUCUUAAAAGGCAGCAUGAAAACAUCUGACGUGUCUCACUUCCUUGCAGAGCUCGGCCGCUUGAGCCCGGACAAGAUCUCAUUAGUGAGAAAUGACCACCGCUUCGUCAUGCUCCUCCGAUAUUCUGUGGAACACCUUCGCCUCUUCACUCCACUUCAGCUGCUGGAGGUGCUGCAGUCGUUCGUGUGGCUCGACAUGCCCUCGGUGCACAGCGUACUCGGGCUAUAUGAGGCCGAGCUGAGCCGCAGGGCCAAACAGAUGAGUCUACACCAGUUGUUAUUAGCCGCUGAUUUGUGGCGAUGUAUUGGGAAACAGGUCCCUCAGUUCUUACAGCACCUCUAUGAUUCAGUCCGUCUGCACCUUGGACAGAUAGGGUUCGUAGAGCUGGUGCACCUGUUAUAUAUAAUAGGAGAAGGUAGGCAUUGCCCAAAAGACUUGAUCCGUCCUGUAGAGCACCUUCUCAUGCUUCAUUUACAACAACUGUACCCUGAGGAGGUCGGUGCUGUAUGCUUGGGGCUCUUUAAAUCCCAGACUUCGAUGUCUGAGAGUGCAGUGACUCGUAUUGUUGACAAGGCACACUCUUUCGUGGAGGAGAUGAGUGACUUUGCCAUGGUGAACGUGCUGAAAUACCUGCGGUUCAGUUACCUGUUUCAUAAGGCAUGGAUGGAGGCCAUGGUGCAGGAAGUUCCUCAACGGGCCCAUAGGAUGGGCGUCCAGGGACUGAUGCACGUGGCACUGGGUUGUUCAGCACUACAUUACCGCAAUGAUAAAAUCCUUAUGGCAGUCGCUGAGAGAAUUCCCUCACUGGUCCCUCACUGCAGGAGUAAGGACUCAUCCAAGCUGCUGUGGGCCUUUGGCACACUAGGGUUUCUUCCAGUUCAGAGCCCGAGCUUCUAUCCAUGCCUGACAGAGUCCUUAAGACAGAGGAAAGUUGAAUUCCAGCGAUACCCAGAGCAUCUCCUUACAGGUCUUCUAGGCCUAGCCUUUGUCUCUCAGUUCCCAGAGGAUCUAAUUACAUUGGCUUUGAGUCCUGAAUUUGUAAACUUAGCACUGAAAUCCACACAGCUGGAGCUGAAAAAAGACUUGUUCACUUUAGAUGAAACUGUGGCUUUGGAGCUGCCUCACUGGACCGGUCCGCGGAUAAGCUCUGAACUGAGAAAAGAUGCGACAGACAUGCUGUGGAAGUUUGUUCAAUCAGACGUGUGCCAGAAACCAGAGGUUCAGGAGGCCGAAUCAGCUCUGCAGGAUCUGCUCGGAGGAGAGAAGUUUGUAUCUAAGAGGAUGAUUCUGCCGCACACUCGUUCCAUUGACCUGGAAGUACAUCUUGACUUGACCGGACAGCCGGUACCUGUGAACGCAGAAUCUGACGCAGCCGUUUUAUCACCGGAGAACAGUUCAUCAGAAUGUCUGCCUCAUCAGGGUUGGGGCAGAAUGAAUGUAGGAGUAACUAUAACUGAGGAACUUCUUGCACAGCUAACAAAUAACAAAAACACCACAGAACCUUUAGCCCCUUCUCCUACGAUUAAGCCUCCUUCUCUUCACAGAGUACAGCCUGAUGAACGUGGGAGUCUGUUUGACACGGGGGUAUUCCUGACCAGUGACAUUACAGAAGCUCUCAUCAGACCGAGCAGCUUAGCCGCAUCCCGCAGUGACUCCAAAAACCUCGUCAAACUUGCUAUCCAGGUCGUGAACAGGAACCACUACUGCUACCAGUCACCGCAGUUGUUGGGACUUCAUGCCUUGAAGAGGAGGCAGUUGAAGUUGGCGGGCUACAGAGUCGUAGAGCUCAGCCAUCAGGACUGGUUUCCCAUGCUAAGGAAAGGCAGGGCCGAGAAGCUGGCAUACCUGCACUGCAAAGUCUACAACAGCCUGUAAUUAUUCUCUGACCUCCAACAGCCAAAAAAAAGAAAAAUCACAUGCAGAGUAUGUAAGCACCUUAGCUUCUGGGACAUCUUUAGUUUGUAAUAUUGAUUUAUGGAUGCGUGUGCAAAGCACAGAAAAAGAUGUUUGUCUCCACCCACUAUUUCCUUUUUGUACAUGCUCAGUUCAAAAUACAUUUUUAAAUAAUUCUUUGUCAAAAUUUCACAUCUCAAGACAUUUUUGUGGAAAUGAUGCCAAUUAAAAAAAAUAUGUUUCAACUCC